AUGGGAAGAAAUGGUGUCCCUGGCACUCUGAGAGGCGUAGGGCGCCAACACCCUAGAGCCCAAAUUAUAGAGACCCUUUUGGGGCGCUCUGGCUGGGGUGGCGCCUCAGGCCCCUGCUCAGGUGGUCUUAGUGGUGACGGUGGUGGUGGUGGCGCCAGAGGUGGUGGAGAUAGUGAUGGGGGAUUAGGUGAUGGAUUUGGAUUUGGCGAGGGUCAUGGAUCAGGUGAAAAUGAUGGAUUUGGAUUUGGCGAGGGUCAUGGAUCAGGUGAAAAUGAUGGAUUUGGCAAAAUUGUAGGGGGCCUAAUUGGUGGCGGUGGUUGUGGUGGUGGAGGAGGAAGAGGUAGUGAUGGUGGAUCUAGUUUUGGCAUUUGA